ACUCACCUUCACCUCGCUUCAUUAGCAAUCCAUAUCCUCCCUUCUCGGCCACAUCGCGUGAGCCAUCUCAGCGUAUCAACAGACGCUCAGCGUCGCAAGCGCUCAUCAUGUCCGGCCCACGACGAUACGACCAAGACAAGGACAGCACGCUCUACGUCGGCAACCUCGAUGAACGCUGCACCGACGAGAUUGUAUGGGAGUUGAUGCUGCAAGCCGGGCGGAUCGUGAACGUUCACCUGCCCAAAGACCGCGUCACGCAGUCGCACCAAGGCUAUGGUUUCGUCGAGUUCGCCAGCGAAGAAGACGCCGACUAUGCCGUCAAGAUCAUGAACCAGAUCCGGUUGUGGGGGAAGCCUAUCAGAGUGAACAAGGCGAGCGCAGACAGAAGAGGCGGUGGGAUAUCAGGCGUCGAUGGUGGGCAAGGAGUUGGGGCGGAGUUGUUUGUGGGGAAUCUGGAUACCAUGGUGGACGAAAAGGUCCUCUACGAAACCUUCUCUCGCUUCGGACCUCUCGUCACACCCCCCAAGAUCUCCCGGGAUGAGUCCAAUCUCAGCAAAGGCUUCGGCUUCAUCUCAUACGCCAGCUUCGACGCCUCGGAUGAUGCUAUCGCCAACAUGCACGGCCAGUACCUCAUGAACAAGGAGAUCACCGUGCAGUACGCAUACAAGAAAGACGGCAAGGGCGAGCGACACGGCGAUGCAGCAGAGAGGGCUCUCGCAGCGCAAGCAAAGAAACACGGCGUGCAAGUCGCCAUCCCCGCCAUGCCGGCCAGUCUCGUCAUGGGAGCCACUCCUACGCCAAUCCAAGUCCAGCCAGGCAUGAUGAACGGCGCAUACAACGAUCCCAACAUGAACGCAAUGCGCACGCCCCAGCCUCCGCCGGCUUACAACUACAGCGCAUACCCGCCGCCUGCCCCGAAUGCAGGAGUCAUGUCCCCCUACUCCAACAUGCCUCCUGCCGCCUAUCCGCCUCCACAUCAACAGCAGAUGCCGGGGAGACAGUACGCGCCGUCGCCUUUGCAAGCUCCUCCUUCCGGUGCUGGGCUUCCUGCCCGACCGCCGCCGAGUAUGGGAGGGUACAAUGGUCCGGAGUAUGCGCCUGGAAUGCAGCAGGGAUUCCGAGGGCCGGUGAAUGGCGCUCCGCCGGGAAUGCCGCCCCCUCCGCCUGGUGGAUAUCAGCGGCCGCCUGGCAUGCCUAACGGCUUCCCGCCCCCUGGUCAGCAGCAAAGAUAGAGGAAUGCAUGGAGUGGCUGAUUCAACUUGGUUUGCCUAUUAGCGCGGCGUUGGGGAGAUGGACAGUCUUUUACAUCAUGUCCUUGAGGGAUCACAGGGUGGGGUGCAUUGCUUGCUCGAUACCCCACCCUAACCUCAAUUAUGCUCAAAGCGGCAAAUGGACAAAUAGCACGACAGACAGCACAAUGAAAUUGUAGCAAUUCACAC